AUGACACUCCCUCUUAUUCCUCUGGAAAUUCUCGACUCCAUAUUCAGCCACCCCGCGUCUCUGGAGAAGCUAAACUACAACCAGCAACCUUACAACACAUUCCUGCGGGCUAUAGUCACCAACCCAGGCCGAGCUAAAUACGUUGAAGAGCUCAACACAUCAAAUGUAACUGAAGAUGACCCUUGCGACAUCUCAGAGGACGACAUUCAAUUCUUCCAGUCAGUCUCGAACCUCUCAAUUCCCGACGAAUUCAAAGAUCACCUAAAUAAGGGAAUAAAGGAAGGAUACAGCGACGCAAUGCUGACUCUUCUACUCUACAAGCUACCCAAUCUGAAGAAUCUAUUCCUAUACCACCCGACAUCUGCGAUCUGA